ACAAAGAGAGAGAGGUGUAGGACAUGACACUAGGACACUAUGCACAGAACAAUAUUUCAGAUGAUAUUUGAGCAACGUUGGUGGAUCAUGUGAUAAAUCAUGGCCUGACAAUGAGGGAAGCUGGGCAGAGAGUCCACCCACAUCUAAGCCAGUUCACAGUUGCAUCCAUCAUAAGGACAUUCAGACUGGAGAACAGGUAUGUCUUUAUCUCUCCACUCCAGACUGUAUCUACAGUACUGUACCGUAUCACAUUACUGUAUCACAUGUACUGUAUUGCAAGUUGGCUAGUGCACCUUUUGUAACAAAAAAUGGUAGUUUUGUGGAACAUACAGUACAGUAUAGUACAUAGCGCUGUACCAUUGAGAUGUUACAGUACUGUGUACAGUAUACAGUACUGUAAAAUAGAACCAAACCAAUAACAAUUUGUGUUUGCUUUUUUCUACACAAUGACUAGAAGACCUUCUGGGAUUGGACGGCAACGCCUGUUCACCCAACAGCAGGAACUUAACAUUUUGGAAAUGGUCAGAGCAAACAAUGCAAUCUGUCUCCAGCAGCUACAGGAACAAAUACUUUCAGAUAGGAAAGUAUUCAUCAACAUCAAUCGAGUAGGCAUUACCACGAUCAGACGUGUCUUGUUACAGCUCAAAAUCACAUUGAAGCAAUUGUACAAGGUCCCAUUUGAGAGGAACUGUAUCAGGGUCAAAGGACUUCGACAAGAAUAUAUACAGAAAAUCUUGGACAUGGAUGGAGCUGCACAGCCUCAUGAAUUUAUUUACAUUGAUGAGGCUGGUUUCAACCUCAGGAAAACUAGACGAUGGGGUCGUAACAUAAUUGGCCAAAGGGCAAUUGUGCACCACCCGGGGCAGCGUGGGGGAAACAUCACAAUGUGUGCCGCCAUAAUCCUUAGAGGGCUACUACACCAUCAUGCCAAACUAGGUCCCUACAAUACGCAACAUAUACUCCCAUUUCUCGAUGCACUUCAUGAUGCAGUUGUACAGGACAGAUCAGAGCAGCCUAGGGUCAUUGUUGUCUGGGAUAAUGGUUCAUCAACCAUGAUCCAACCGAGACUGGUUCACCAACCAUGAUCAAUUUGAAGUUGUAUACUUGCCCCCUUACUCGCCAUUUCUAAACCCUAUCGGAGAAUUAUUUUCCUACUUGGAGAUGGCACGUAUAUGACCACCAACCAUGCCUGCAUGCCUCUUCUACAGGCAAUGGAAGAAGCAUGCGGAGACAUUGAUGCAACGUCAAUCCAUGGAUGGAUUUGGCACACAAGGCGUUAUUUUCCACAUUGCUUAGCAGGAGAAGAUAUCGCUUGUGAUGUUGAUGAGAUCCUGUGGCCAGACCCAAACAGACGGCAGGAUCUGUAAUCCCACCCACGCACAAUUGGCCUGUUUUUCUGCAUUUACAGUAGUGUAUUCUGUGUUUUAUUUUUGUAUUAUUUUUGCAUUACUGCAUUUACUGUACUGUACUGUAAAGUAUAAUACCGUGAUGUGCACUAUUGAGUUGAUGUCAUUCGUAACCUUCCAGUACUUUCAUUUUUGGUUGUUGUGAAAACCUUUGUUGGAAAAAAAGAGAACAAAAACUAAGUGUUGCAUAAUUGAGCUUCACAGAAUG